AUGCUCAGUUCCACUAGAAGUUAUUCAGCAAAAGACAUAAGGUCCGGUGUUAAGGAGCUUGCUGAUACAGGUCAAGUCACUAUUGGACCCAAGGGGUGUAAUGUCACCAUCGAACAAAAAGAUGAUGGUAGUAUCACCAUCACACAAAGCUGGCGUGCACCAAAGGUGACAAAGGAUGAUGUUACUGUUGCCAAGAGCAAUGAGUCCAAGGGCAGAGUCAAGAACGUUGGUGCCAGUCCUGUCAAACAGGUAGCUAAAGCCACAAAUAAUGUAGCUGGUGAUGGACCGACGUAUGCUACAGUCCUUACAAGAGCUAUCUUCACGGAAGCUUGUAAAUCAGUUACUCCUGAAAAGAGUGCAUAUCAUGCUGCAUAUAAUGCAAUGCAUUUAAGACUUGGUAUCAAGUUAGCAGUUGAUACUGUUGUGAAGACCUUGAAGAGUAGAGCACGCAUGAUUAGCACUUUUGAAGAAAUUGCCCAAGUUGGAACAGCAUCAGCUAAUGGAGAUAGAGAGAUUGGUGAACUUAUUGCAAAGGCUAUGGAAAGUGUUGGCAAAGAGGGAGUGAUCAUAGUUCAAGGUGGCAACACUUUGUUUAACGAGAUGGAAGUUGUUGAGGGUAUGAAGAUUGACAGGGGAUACAGAUCCCCACUAUUCAUUACAAACGAGAAAUACCAAACAUGUGAGCUAGAAGAUCCUCUCAUUCUCAUCCACGAGAAGGAAAUUACUAGUCCUGAUUCUACGUCUACAGUUUUAGAGUCGGCUCUCAGGAAACAAAGGUCGCUUCUGAUCGUUGCGGAGGAUUUGGAUAGCUUUUCUGUUGCUGGGCUAGUUUGGAAAACCCCUCGUUCUAAACAUGUUAUCUGUGCUGUGAAGGCCCCUGGUUUUGGAGAAAACCGUAGGGCUUAUAUGCACGAUCUAGCUACCCUCACAGGAGCCCAGGUAAUAACAGAAGAGAGAGGUAUGAGUCUUGAGAAAAUCGAACUCGGUAUGCUAGGAACCUGCAAAAAGGUAAUUGUAUCCAAAGACAACACUGUUUUUAUUGGUGGGGCUGGUGACAAGAAAUAUAUUGGAGAACGAUGUGAACAGAUACGAUCCAUGGUUGAAGCGAACGAGUCUGACUAUGACAAGGAUAUGUUACAAGACAGGUUGGCUAAGCUUUCUGGGAGUAUUGCUGUAAUAAAGAUCGGAGGAACGAGUGAGAGAGAAGUUAGCGAAAAGAUAGAUAGAGUAAACAAUGCUCUAAAUGCAACCAAAGCAGCUUUAGAAGAAGGUAUUGUUCCAGGCGGUGGUGUUGCUCUUCUGUACGCGUCAAAAGAACUUGAGAAGCUUUCCACAAAUUACACUAGUCAAAAAGACGGUGUCCAAAUCAUCCAAAACGCUCUCAAGAUACCUGUUUACACUAUUGCUUCCAAAGCUGGAGUCGACGGUAAAGUCAUCGUUGACAAGCUUUUGGAAUCAAACAAUCCUGACAUCGGUUAUGAUGCUGCUAAAGGAGAAUACGUGGAUAUGGUGAAGUCUGGUAUUAUCGACCCUGUGAAAAUGAUCAGAACCGCAUUGGUUGAUGCUGCGAGGGACUCAAAUGGUCUGAAAAUUUAUUGUCAUUUUUUGUAGUUUAAUUUAGUGCCUUUUUUUGCUAAUCUUUGUUAUUCUAUUGGUUAGUGUCUCGCUUUUGUUGACUACGACGGAAGCAGUUGUGACCGAGAUUCCAACAAAAGAAGAUGCGUCUCCCGUUAUGGGUGGUGGUUAUGGGUGUAUGGGUUUCUGAUGAGGACCCUACACGCUAGCUAGGUUACUGGAAAUUGGUGUGAGAUUAUAUGGUUGCUUCAUCCACAAGGCAUUCUAGGACCCUAAGAUUUUUCCAUGAUUUCUGGAUAUUCCAAGCUAACAAUCUUUUAUAAAAUCUGUUAAGAUAUUUUGUAUAUACAAAUUCUUUUGUGUUUUUUUACAGCUUGACGAUGAGGAUUUUUUAUAUCAAAAUCACAUAAACAUACAUAUAACCUUGACACUACAGUACUACACUCUAAUUCUGUUUUUUUUUUUCCUGUUUUAGAGAUGACCUAAGUUAUUAAUUAAAACUAGAUAACUUAUAUUGUACGAAAGAUUUCUUUCUAACUUAGUGCAUAGUUUUCUUGUAUGAGGGUUUAUGCUUAAGAAGAACCAAUAUUUGGGAGUUGGGAUGAAGGAUGCUGCGCUAUCAGCUAUGCUUAUCUUUUUGGGAAGCACCUGCUACAAAAUACAAACCCUCUGGCUCCAGAAGUUGUUCACAUUUUGAGAUCAGGCUUGUAAGCGUAUUUGGUUCCUUGGAGUUCCACAUCUGAUUCGAACUAUUGAAUAGCUGCUGAUACUGUCUUUGCUAAUAAGCGGCAUUUAACCACAUAAUGGAAUGGGCCACGUUUGAUUGGGCUUGUUUUGUUAACAACUAAGCCCGAGCAAGAAAACCAUAGCCCCAACUAUUUACUUGCUAAUUACGGCUCACCGUCCGCGACUCUAGGGUAUCAAGCUUUCCAGCUAUCGGCAGACUUCAACAUCUACCACAUGGCGACGCAAAUCAGAGGGAAGAAAAAGGUGAAUUUCACUAGAUCUCACUCACUAUAUUUAUUGUAUUUUGAACCGUUUUAGUAACUUUGUUGAGUUAUGUAGUUUGUAGCGGACGGUAUAUUCUACGCCGAAUUGAAUGAGGUUUUGACAAGAGAGCUUGCAAAAGACGGUUACGUUGGUGCAGAAGUUAUGGUUACAACGACUGAAGAAGUUGUAACUAAGAUUUCAAAGAUAGAAGAAGCGUCUCCAGCUAUGGGAGGUGGCGUGGGCGGUGAGGGAGAAAAGGGUUCUACAAAAACAAAACAGUGAAGGGAUUUCUUAUGAGAAUCCUAAACCCUAGCUAGGUUACUUUUGAAAACUGUUGCGAUAUCAUAUGGUUUGCUUCAUCCACAAGGCACUAGUUUUUUUUUUCCCUAUAUUGUCACAUUCGAUUAUUAAAUUAUUUUUAAAUAAGUAUUUUUGUUGGAUCAUACAAGUCUUUUGUGUUAUAUCUUCCUAGCUAGUUCCAAUAUUCGUCAGAUUAUAGUUCAUGGAAAUCUUCAAGGAGGUUUCGCAUGGAGAUAUCUCUUUCUUACCAACCUUCACCAAACCCUAAUCUCUUAUUAAUACAAAAUACGUGGUUCAAUUAACAGACUCUAAAUCCAAAAAAAAAAAAAGAUUUUGCCAAAUGUAGCAU